AGUGGCCAACAGCUGAUGAUUUCUCACGGCAGCACAGUCAUACGUGGCGAUGACUCAUUCACAACAGCACUGAAACAAAAUUUCAGAGCACCAGAGAAGUCACAAUGCUGCCAGUGAAACCAUGCGUGUGCGCGCAGAGGAUUCACCCUAAGGAGACAUCAGCAUGCAGCCCUGCACAGGGGGAAAAAAGGUCGAAUGGCAUCGGAUUCGAGUUUUUCCUAAUUUUUGGCAAGUUAAAUCAGCAGUUUUCAAGCUUGCUCGGCUGGGAAAAGCUUUCCAGUUUGUUAUGAGCAUGUGGAAGCAGUGCAAGGAUGGACCUCCAAGGAUUUUCUGGAAUCUUUUGCUUUGGGAAUCUUUGGCUUUUACGGUCUGCAGGUGAAACAUGGGGCAUUUGCACGGCUAACUCCAUCCUGGGAAGACGUUUUUUGAGGAGCACCUCAGCUCGGAGACGGCUGGUGAAGGUGUGACGGUGAGGAUUGUAGGGUUUUUAGCAACGCUCUUAUUUUUGGUUGUAUUUGGAAAAAAAAUAGCAUAAGAAACGGACUCCAGGAGCUUCAAGACCUGGCUCCUCCCAGCAAGCAGCCAUCUCCAAAUCAAGUCCACCAGUGCCACCUCCAGGACUGGGGACACAGAAGCAAAUCCCGUGGAGGAGCCUCCUCGUACAAACACCUCGUGAGAAAUGCAACCUUUUAGCCUUGCCUGGCUUGAUGUCGACUCGAUCCUGUAUUUUGAGGGCUUUCGAUGCACUUUGAGCUGUUUGCAAGAUUUUCACAAGGAGAAAAUCCAAUCUCAUCUACAAUCUCUAAGGAAAGUGUUAGCAGAGUUUCUGGAAUGGAGGGUGGCCGACGAGAAGCGCCGCCUGGACUACCUGGAGACGAGCGAGGCCGAGCGGCGGCGCAUCGGCAGCGAGUUCGAGCGGCUGCGCCGGCUGCUGGACGAGAAGGAGCGCGCGGUGCUGCAGCGCCUGGCCGAGCUCGACGCUGCCUUCGAGGCCGCCCAGGCGGAAAAAGCCUCGCGGGUGGCCGAGGAGAUCGGGCGGCUCCACGGCCUCAUCGGGCAGCUGGAGGCCGGGCGCCUGCCCCAGGAUACCGGGAGCAGCCUGAGCACGUACGUGGCGCCCCAUCGCUUCCUCACCUCAUUACCCCGCUUCAAAGCCAACAAAACCCCAAAGCUUCACCCUUCAGGGAUGAAACCAGCGCCACCACUUCCACUUUCCUGCUUCUCAGCGCUACGAAACCCUCGGCCCCCAGUAUUUCGGGUUUGUUACCUGCACGGGUUUAGCCCCAUCCCUCACGCCGAGUCCACCCCUGUCGUUUCUCUCCCCAGCUGGAACGAAGCGAGGCUGCAGCUUCCCCCCGAGCUGGAAAAGAGCCUGCGCUCCUGCCGCCGCCAGCACGCUGCCCUCGAGGAGGCUCUGAAAGAAUCGCGAGACCCAGGGAGACCCAAACCGAAGCUGGGGACAGGGAAAACCCUGAGCACGGAGGAAAAGGCAAAAGGGACUCCAGAUCCCGGCUCGGCCCCCCCGCAGGUUUUGGCGGACAGAAAAAGCGUGCGGUGGGACGAGGAGCAGGAUAAGGCCAGAGAGCCCCAGCGGUGCGAGGAGGAGGCGCCGGGCGCCCUGGGCUGCGAGGGGGCUGCCCCGCGGCGAUGCUCGUGGGAGGUGGAGGACGAGGCGCAGAUAAGCGGACUCUGAGAGGGAUCCGGCCUCUUGGGCUGGCGGGCGGCCCCCCCUCACACCCCUUUCUCAGCUGUAAAUGGGUUUAAACCGGCUUUUUUCUGUGCAGGUGGUGGGUUUGUUU